ACACACAGAGGAUCUUCGCACUGGUGUAGAUGAUUCCUGUUUCUCUUUAACUAAGCGGAGUUUGCAUUUUUCUAACUGGAGCUUUUUUUUUUCGUCUGUUAAAUGUCGUUGGCGGAAUAAAGACGUGAAGUCACUCCGGACUGGAACUUUAUUUAUGGACACUUUUACUUUAUUCUGACUCAGACGAAUCUCUGUUUUUAUUGUUUCGGAUAUUUUCCUGAUAUGUGAACUUAUCCAGGACAGAGUUGUGUUUGAGGUAACACAAACCCGCAACAAACCCAAUUGUAGUGUUGUGGAUAUAUUCCAGUCUCCAGUAAAAUGAGGUGGACACAGCUGCUCAGGAUUGUGCUGUGUGCAGUGAGCUGUCUCCACUAUGCUGCUGCUCUGCCUGCUGCAGGCUGUAAGGGAGAAGAUUGCAGCAGAGACCAGACCUCCAGUCCAUCCCACUCUUCCUCUUCUUUAUCUCCCCCUGAAUCUUCUCCUGUGGUGGUGAAAUCCCAGCAGCCCUCCCAGGACUUCCUGGACCAGUUUACCCAGGUGAAUUCGCCAAACAGCGGGGACCGUAAGCACCGCGACGCCAGCGCCGUCCUGCCCUUCAUUGGCCUCACAGGCAGUGCUGAGCAGAGUCGUAGCUGCUGUAAGAACGGAGGGACAUGUAUCCUGGGCAGCUUCUGCGCCUGCCCUCCUUUCUUCACAGGGAGGAGCUGCGAGUACGACCAACGCAUCAGGAGCUGUGGUAGGAUUCCUCAUGGUGAGUGGGUUCAGAAAGGAUGCUCCUACUGUCGCUGUGGUUAUGGUGUCCUGCACUGCUUCCCCCACGUCUUCCACAAAGACUGCGAUGACUCAGAGGAGGUGCGCUGGUAUCGCUCAUCAGCUGUCAGGACAGUUCGGACCAGCUGCUUCCUGUAUGUGAUGCUGCUUCUUCCCCUGCUUCUCCUCCUCUGAUAUAAAUAUCCAUAUUUUUAAAUGGCUGCUGGACACAAAUGGGAGGAUUUAUGUGAAACACU